GACUACGCAAGUAAGAAACCAAAACCAAUCCAAAAAAGGCAAAUUCCUGUUCUAACUUUUCCCUACGCCUACCUGAUCAUACUACUAUAAAAUAUUCAGUACUUAUCUUCAAAAUUUGGGAUUUGCCUUAAGAAUUUGCAGCUUAAAGAAGUAGUAGUUGUAGUUUAAUCCAUCCUCCUUUAGUUGUGAUCUUCAGAUAUAGCUUCAGCUUCAUAACAUAUCAGAUUCUAAUAAGAGUCUCAGAGAAAUGAGCACUUUGACCAUUUCUUUACUUCCAUCAAAUCUCAACGCUCAAAAAGAAAGCUCUCUUUUUGUAUACAAAACUAGAAGACUGUCCAAAAAGAGCCAAUCUAUAGUUCCUGUGGCAAGGUUAUUUGGACCUUCUAUUUUUGAAGCAUCAAAGCUGAAGGUUCUAUUCUUAGGUGUUGAUGAGAAAAAACAUCCUGGAAAUCUUCCAAGAACUUACACACUUACACAUAGUGAUAUUACUUCAAAACUCACUCUUGCCAUUUCUCAAACCAUUAAUAACUCUCAGUUACAAGGGUGGUAUAAUAGAUUGCAAAGGGAUGAAGUGGUUGCAGAAUGGAAGAAAGUUAAAGGGAAGAUGUCACUUCAUGUUCAUUGUCACAUUAGUGGAGGCCAUUUCUUGUUAGACUUUGUUGCUACCCUCAGAUAUUAUAUCUUCUGCAAGGAACUCCCCGUGGUUAUAAAAGCAUUUGUUCAUGGAGAUGAGAAUUUGCUAAAGAAUUACCCAGAGUUGCAAGAAGCUUUGGUUUGGGUUUAUUUUCACUCAAACAUUCCAGAAUUCAACAAAGUGGAUUGCUGGGGCCAACUCAAAGAAGCAUCCUCACCUUCUAGUGAAUUGGGUAAGACCCAAAUGGCUAGUAUAGCUACUACAACCACCAAUUGCAACUUGGAUUUACCACAACCUUGUCAACAAUCUUGCACAUGUUGCUUCCCCUCAAUGAGUUUGAUUUCCUGGUCCUCUUCAUCUUCACAAACUGGUUUACAAACUUUACAAGAUUGAAGUAAUUUACUGUCCUUGUAGGACUGUAAAAAGAUAAUAGGAGUAAUUCUUUAUUCUAAUGUAAAUUAUUUAAAAAUAUGCAUUUCGUUUUGAAGAUGGUGGUACCUUUUUUUAAAAACCGGAGAAAAAUAGGCAUUCGGUGUAUGUGUUGCGCCCUUACCACUAAAACAAAGCAUGAGUAUAAAGAUGUUGAUGCAUAGUAGUCAUGGACUUGGAUUGUAUCUAGUGUUGCAGCCAUCCCACGUUUCAUUGACUUGGUUUU